CUGAUGAACUGGUUUAAGUCAGGACAUUAUGUACUGCGGUUCUGCACACAUUUGGAGUAUUUGUAGGAUUUAAGUCCCGUUUUCACAUAUAAGCAAACAUUGUGAUCCAGGAAUGAAAGUGAAGCUGUUACUUCGUCUUAUUUUCCAAGGAUUUCUCCUAUAUGAGACUUUGGCAUGGGAAGUGAGGAUGCCAAAGGAAAUUCAUGGUCUCAAAGGUUCAUGUCUGGUUAUACCAUGUUCUUUCUCCUACACAUCGUAUCCACCCACCAACCCAAACAGAGUUGUGUGGUAUCAGUGGGUCUCUAAAGGCUACCCUAUAGUUUAUGAUCCCAAAUAUCCAUCUAAUGUAAUUGACAAUUUCAAAGGAAGAACUGCUUUAUAUGGUAAACCUUCAAAUAGAGACUGCAGUCUUGUCAUUAAACAUCUGGAUCAGUCCCACCAUGGAGAGAAAUUAUAUCCAUGGAUUGACCCAGACAGUAUUGGAUGGCGCACAUACAAGUUUUAUGAUGUCACAUCCACGAUUCUUGUGGACGAAAGCCCACAGAAGCCCACCAUCAAUGUUCAUGGAGGCGCAAUGACCGGUGACACCAUAACAGUGACAUGUGAAACCUAUCACACCUGUCCGUACAGCAAACCAAACAUCAUUCUGAAGGGAAUAGAAGGAUCUGAUAAAACAGAUCAAACAGAUCAUCCGAAGAUUGGAAAUGGACAAUGGAAAAUCACUCUGACACGCACGGGUGUCGUGAAGGCUGAGCACUCGGAUAUCGAGUGUAUAGUGACACAUUAUGGAGGCAAAACAGCAAGAGCUACAAAAUCACGAAGUGCAAAAUGUAUCCAUACUAAAAUAGCCAUUGAGCCUGACCGUGCAGAUGUCAUAGAGGGCGUUUCAAAGAAGUUCACAUGUACCAUCGACCAUUCCUGCCUGAAGAAUCCUCCAACCAUAUCAUGGAACUAUAAGAACAUGGAGGUCUCAAACAGUAACAAAAAACUUUCAGAGCUCAAAUCAGCCACCUCUUCCACCAUAACCUUUGUUAGUACCAAAGAACACCAUGGAAAGAUGUUGAAAUGCACUGCAAAUAUUUCGGGGAAACCCAUUGAAACAUCUAUUACUUUACAUGUACAACAUUCUUCUACAGAGCCUCCAAAACCAGCGAUUCCUGUCCAGAAUCCAACCCUUUUCCAGGGUGAGGCUGAAGUGAUGACCUUUGACUGGAAGACCACUGGGCUUUACAUCAUAGUCCCCUCAUCAGUUAUCUUGCUUCUCAUGUGCACACUUGCUGGAGUCUGUACAUACAAGAGACGUCACAGGCCGCCACCUGAUGAUAUGCAAGAACAGAGGUAUGCAUAA